AUGCCCAGGUUGGUGUUCGCUAUUCCCAACACCAUUGGAGCAUAUGAAACCGUGCUUCUGCGCGGAUCUGCUGGUCAAGCAUUUCUUUCAACACCGGCGCUGCUGCAAGUGCUGAUUCAUUUGGGUGAACUCAUCUUAGCUUUGACUUGUGUCUUUACGUUCAAGUCUGCAGAUGCGUACGACCUUUUGGAAUCUCACGUUUGGAUGAAAUGGGUGCUGUGGUAUUUCGCUUCAUGCAACGUUGUGAGGUAUUCCCUGUUCUUCUUCCUCUACUGGUUCUGUGCCUAUGACGUGGACGCGGAAUGGAGGACUAAUGCGGACAGGGUCUAUGUGACAAAGCUCUUAACUGAUAAAGCGCUAGAGGAGGCUGAUAAUUCCGACAAAAUCAUUCCCUUGGAGAUUGCCGGCAUAGCCGAGUUCAGCGGCAAAGGAGGUUUGGAUCCGGAGAAGGCUUAUGAUGCCAUGGUGCAUGGGCGGAUCAAGCUUCCCUAUUAUGUGGCAGGCCAUAUCUGUCAAAUCGUCGCCCGAGCAGCGCACAAGAUCGAUAUAAAGGACAAAGGAAACACGGAGAUGGCCUGCGAGGCAGUGUUGAAGGCCAUGCAGCAGCAUCCAACAGAGUCAACUGUUCAACGGGCUGCGAGCCGCGCCCUCUUCAACUUGGUGUCUGGCUGUGGGGACAACAAACUUUUUUUUGCCAAACGGCAAGCCUUGAGCCUUCUGCUAAAGAGCGUCCUUGAACAUGAUGGCGAUGAUGAUCUGCGAAGGUAUGUCUUCAUGGCCCUGCAAGAGUUUGCGGGUGACGAAACCGGACAUCACUUAGAUGAUGAGAAAGAGGAGAUGGGUCCCAACGUCUUGGAGUCUGUGCUGGCAAACCUGCGUUCGCAUCGCAAGGACAGAGUGUUGCAAUUCGCCACCUGUGGUUUUAUUGCCGAGAUGAUUUUCUACUAUCCCAAGAUGCGCAAACAAUUCUACGAGGAAGGGGCAUUGGAAGAACUGCUGCACAGCAUGCGCGAAUAUAGAGAGGACAGCGACGUGCAACGUACAGCCUGCUUGGCCCUUCGCAGAUUUGCUAUGGAUGAUAGAUCUGGAGAGGUCUUGGAGAGGAUGCGAUGUCUGGGUGUUCAGGAUGACGUGCGCAGGGCUAUGGACAUGCACGCCGGAGCGCUGCAAUACGAAGCCAGAAAAUUGAUGGAUGCCUUGGAAGUGAAAGUGAUGCUUCCUCCGAUUGGAGUGCAAACGGAUGUUUUGUCCUACCGGGUGCCCUGAUGGUGGCAGCAAGUGUUGAGUGGCUCUCAUGGCAGAACCUGAUUCGACAUUUGUGUGUACAGCGCAGCGAGACAUGGUUUGAAUUGGCCAUCGUGCAUCAUCGCGUUUUUUUUGUGUCAUGUCAUGUCUCGGAAGCAAUGUUUUGCAUGGAUGUAAUAU